GCUUGCCUUUUGGACCAGGACCACUGCUCUUGUAUGCGAGCCUACACGCGCAUGUAUCGACUUUUGGGUGGGCGGGUGUGGUGCUGAUUCAGAGUUUGUCCCUUCAGCUACCCUUUGUGCAGCCCAGGCCCCACCGACGCCCACCACGAUGGAUCACGACCAAAAAUGGGAUUGCGAGGCCAUUCAAGGCAAGGGCCUUGGCCCCUUCUUGCUUGGCAUGUCGUUGAACCACGCCAUAAACUUGCUGAAGCAAGAAUAUGAGACAUCACAACGCGUCGACAUCAUCUACAACCCUGCAAAUGCCAAUGGUACCAACAUUAUGGUGGAUAAUCGGGCGGGUGGCUUCAAUCUUCGAUUUGCCGCCGACACUCAACUUCUAACCGUCAUUGAGGUCUACGACCCGGCCAGGCUUGUUCUGCAUAUCAGCGGACAAGUCGUGUCUGAUCUGCCAGAGGUUCAGCCCACUUUUGAGCGCCUCUACUGUGCCCUUAGCGUUUGCCCUGGCGAGUAUGACAAGGACCGCCACAAGUUUGUGCUGCAAUACUAUGGCAUGGCCCUCUUCUUCAAUGUCCCCGAAGCCCUUCAGGAAACGUAUGGGUCCAAAGAUGUUGACCUGGCAGCCACAUACCGACACCUCGACAAUUCAAUUCCAAUGCUGGAUAAUCUCGUGAUUCACCUUGGCGACAAGUGGCGGUUUCCCGAGGCUCCGCCCAAGGCCGACGAGGUUUACCGUGUUUGGCCGGGCUUGGGGCUCGACGUUGGCUCCACAACGAUCAAGUUUGGCGCUUCCAUUCAAGACGUUCUUUUAGCCUUGGGCCCGCCAGAUGAUGUGUACUACAAGUCGGAUGUGCCAGAUGGCCAAUCCCACACCGAUGUUUUUUACAACUACUAUCGGCAUGGACUGGACGUCAUGUUUGAUGGUCGGUUCAAGACGGUGAUCAAGCUCCUGUUGUACACCAAUGUGCCGGGCCACUACGAGUUUUCCCGCUAUCAGCGCUGCCCUUUCCAACUUCACUUGCAAGCGCGUGCUUCGGAGAAUGGUGCAGCUUUGGCUUCAGCCGCCACCGGCCAGGCCCAUCAGACCAACAGCAAUGGUACAAGGCACGCCCAGGCUUUGCGGGUGGAUGACGACCAUGACCACGGCCACGACAAUACCCCCGCCAAAGCCCCGUCAUCCAACAAGACGACCAAGAGCGGCAAGGGUCAAAAGUCGAGCAAGAAUGGCAAGGGCAAGGGCAAGGGGAGCAAGGCUAAAAAAGGAAACAAAGCAAACAAAUCAAGCAAGAGCGGUGGCACCCAAAACGACAAGCACCGACUGGCCGAGGCCGCAUCCAGUGGCUGGGGCGACUUUGACAGUGAUGAUGAUGAGCUGGAGCAACAUUCCGGUAGUGGAGAAAAUGAUGGUGAGGGGACUGGAGAAUCCGACUCGGACUCGACCCCCGCACCCAUGGCGGCAUCUGUGGUUCACCAGCAGCCAACGGCUAUGGACACGACAAGCCGUUUGCAGCCGGUUGACCUGCGUUCAACUCACGAGGACGUUUCGGUUGCUGAAAGUGGCGAAGAAGUGGCGUCGCUCAUCAAGGUGUUUCCCACCACCAACUGGCAAAAUCUGCCCAAGAGUUUACACAGCACGUUUGGCAAGGCCGUGAUUUUGAAUCGCCCCGCUCUUCCAAAUGCGACCAACCCUUUUCACCCUUGCUUCCUCUACGGCACCGACACUGUUUUGAUUGAGGUAACCAUAACCACUGAGGCAUGCCCUUUGUGUGUGUGUGUGGGUGGAUGA